CCAUUGGUCAGAUUUCAAGUACGUUCGCGUGACCUGAUUAAUAUUCAUGAGCUAAGCCUUCUCCGUAGUAGAACUCUUUUAAUUUCGCUUUUAGUAGCUGUGGUGGACGACUCCAGAAGGAAUAAUGUCUUCUGGACCUAAUUACACCCAGUCGUAUCCGUUUCUUGAUCGCUUUAUUUGCACUAGAUAACUCGCACUGUCCCGACCGCCCUCCGGCCGAAGGUCAUUCGGUCUCUCUGCUGGCGUCGGGACUCCGAAAUGAGCGCAAAGAAUAUCGCUCGCUUCUGGGAAUGGGGAAAGAAAAUAAUAUGCGUCGGGAGAAACUAUGCAGAUCACGCCAUCGAGCUCAAAAACGCCAUUCCCAGCGAACCCGUGCUUUUCCUGAAGCCCCCGUCCGCUUACAUCAGGGAGGGCUCUCCUAUCCUGCUCCCCUUCUACACCAGCAGCCUCCACCACGAGGUUGAGCUGGGGGUGGUGAUUGGAAAAGCGGGCACCUCCAUCCCUCAGUCUUCAGCCAUGGACCACGUGGCUGGAUACGCGCUGUGCCUGGACAUGACGGCUCGGGACAUUCAGGACGAAUGCAAGUCCAAAGGUCUCCCGUGGACCCUGGCCAAAGCCUUCAACACCUCGUGUCCCAUCAGCGACUUCAUCCCCAAGGAGAAGAUCCCAGACCCGGGGAGCGUCGACCUGUGGCUGAAGGUGAACGAUGUCGUUAAACAGAACGGAAGCACGUCUCAGAUGAUCUUCAGCAUCCCGUAUCUCAUCAACUACAUCAGCGAGAUCAUCUCCUUGGAGGAAGGGGAUCUCAUUCUCACCGGGACCCCUAAAGGAGUGUCAAGCGUCCAGGAACAGGACGAACUUCAAGCCGGGAUUGAUGGCAUCGUGACUAUGACCUUCAGAGUGGAUCGAAAAAGUUGAUUUCUAUUUUACAGAAUAGCAAACACUGUAUGAUGUUGUCUUUUCUAAAUAAUAAAAAAAAUAUUACGUA